CUCUGGUGCAUUUCAAGAGUGGUUUUUUCACCUCAAUUUAAGAUCAAGUCACGUGAUGUGCUCGGAAUAUCGAAACGGCCGGACACUGAGUUUCAACUGCAAGCAAGCAGCGCAGAUAGCCAAAUAGUUGGGCAUAUGUAAUGGUAAAGAAGUGGAACCCUGACAAGCCCCCUCUUUCAUCGUCGUAUUGUAAGUUGAUUAUAACACCAAGGUUGACAAGAGAGACAUAUGGAUGGAUCAAUGGAUGAAUGUGUUCAGUAUCAUUGGAUGCAAAACGAAAGAUGCACUCUUAUCAAUAGAAUCGACAUUGUAUCCUUUCUAUAAUAAUCUCUUGUCAAACUUUAUAUUGUUCUCAUGUUAAUUCAAUCAUUUCUUAGAGUAUAAUAUAAUGCUUGUCAGUAAGCAGAACAGAAAGGUCAUUUACGAAGCUCUUUUCAAGGAUGGUGCCCUUGUUGCUCCCAAAGACUACAAUGCUCCCAAGCACACCGAACUUGAUGUUCCCAACCUUGAAGUCAUCAAGGUUAUGCAAUCCUUGACCUCCAAGGGCCUCGUCAAGACUCAAUUCUCUUGGCAAUGGUAUUACUAUACCCUUACUGAUGAGGGUAUUGACUACCUCCGUGAAUACCUUCACUUGCCUCAAGAAAUUGUUCCUGCCACUUUGAAGAAGACCGCUCGCCCUGCUUCUGCUCCUCGUCGUCCAUUCGGUGGUGACCGUGAAGGCCGUGCUCCCCGUGGUGACCGUGACAACUACAGACGUAAGGAAGGUGCUUCCAGUGACUUUAAGCCUGAAUUCCGUGGUGGUCUCGGCCGUACCAACCGCGAAUAAGC